AUGCGUUUCAUUCUUUUAGUUCUCCCUAUAUUUUUUGCUUCCCCUGUCUUGACCAGUAGAAAUGUCAAUUACGACUAUCAACUUUAUGAGGAUUUAAUGUAUUUUUACAAUAAAAAUGUGCGCCCUGUUAAAAACAGUACUCAACCUUUGGAUGUUAAAUUUGGUGCUAGUUUAAUCCGUAUAAUUGAUGUGGUGGGUUUUUUUUUAAACUUUUUUAGCCAAUUAAAAAUUAAUUUAAAAAAUUGUUAA